AUCGUUUGACUUUGACAUUAAAUUUGAACUUGAAAGAUUUGGAUUGUUUACCGUUGAUAAACAACAAGUUAUUUACGAUAAUUAAAAUUCUUACAUCACUUAAAAAUAUGGAAAAUACCGAAAAAACUGCAACGAAAAGAAAGUUGCAAGUAUUAGAAAUGGAAGGCGUUCCUAAAAGAACAAGAGUUAAAAAAACUAUGGAUUCUGAAAAGUCUGAAAUUCUGAAAACUGAAAAACUUCCAGAUAAAUCAAAACUUAAAAAAGUUUUAAAGAUGAAUAUAACUGUUGAUGAGAGUUUUGAAGAGACUGUACCAGAUUCUCAGAAAAAUUUAGAUACCAAAAACUGGGAUGAAGCAAAUAUUUUAUCUUUUGAAGAAAAAGUUCCUCUUGAGCUGGCUGAAAGAUUUAUUACGUUACUUAAUGAAGGGUGCACCUUACCAUUCAUAGCAAGAUAUCGUAAAAAUGUUGUCGAUUAUAUGAAACCUGAUCGCCUUCAAGAACUGUACGAAAGUUACCAGAAGGUAACACAGUUUACAAAGAAAGUUAAAUCUGUGAUAGAGACAUUAAGAAAGUCAAAAAAGCUGACUCCUCAAAUAGAACAGAGUAUUUUAAAUGCCCGUAACUUAUCUGAACUUGAUUUAUUGUAUGCACCACUCAAAUCUAACUCACUAUCAUUAGCUGAAAGAGCUAGGUCACUUGGUAUUGAACCAUUUGCAGUAAAAGCUUUAAAUGGAGAGAAUAUUGAGUUACAUAAGCUAUGUAAUGAGAAAGAUGAAAUGUUGACGAUUGAGAAAGUGGAAUCUCAUAUCACUCACAUAGUUGCAGACAUUAUUUACAAAGACUCAAGGGUUUUGGCAGAGAUGAGAAGUUUAAAAGAACAAACAAGGUUCAUAGUACAGAGUAGUCAAACGAAAAGUUCAACAAAAGAAAAAAAAGAUGACAAUAAAAAAUAUGACAGUAAAUCGGAUCCAGAAACAUAUAAGAUAUAUUUUGAUUGGAAAUGUCCUGUUCAAUUUGUUAAAUCUUACCAAAUAUUAGCUGUUAAUAGAGGGGAAGAUGAAAAAAUUCUCUCUGUCAAAGUAGUGAUUCCGGAUUGGUUUUACAAUAGACUUGAAAGGUAUUGUCUAACACUCUGGAAAAGUAAUGCCUGGGUUAAGAAAGGUUUGAAUGACGCUUACAAUCGCCUCAUAAAACCUUGGCUCUCUCGACAAGUGAGGUCAGAACUGACAGCUGCGGCACAGAAAGAGGCUGUCAAAACAUUUACUACCAAUUUAGAGAAGUAUUUAUUAACUGAACCAAUAAAGAAAAGAACAAUAUUAGGCUUGGAUCCUGGGUUUAAAGCUGGUUGUAAGGUUGGAAUCAUAAAUGCUAAUGGUGGAAAAUUAGAUGCUUGUACAAUUUAUCCUGAUUUACGGCGUCACAAUGUCAAUGAUCAUGCCGCGAAACAACUUAAACAAAUCAUAAAUAAACAUAGAGUUGAUUUAAUCGGUUUGGGAAAUGGCACCGCUUGCAGAGAAACAGAAACAUGGUUGAAAGAUCAUCGGAUAUCUGAGAAUAUUCCAGUAAUCAUAGUACCUGAACAAGGUGCUUCCAUUUACUCUAUUAGCAAAGUAGCGCAAAAGGAACAUCCAAACAUGGAUCCCAAUCUAAUAUCAGCUUUAUCCAUAGCCCGAAGAGUGUUAGAUCCAUUGGGUGAAUUGAUUAAAGUAGAUCCUAAAAAUUUAGGUGUAGGACUUUACCAACAUGAUAUACCACCGAAGAUGUUGGAGACCGCAUUGGAUGCUACAGUAGAGAAAGUUGUCAGUUUAGUUGGUGUGGAUAUCAACACAGCGUCACAAGCUAUGUUAAGACGUAUUUCAGGUUUAAACGAUGGUAGAGCUAAGAAGAUUAUAGCGUACAGACAGGAGAAGGGCGGCUUCACUACACGAGCUGAGAUACUGAAAGUGAGCGGUAUAGGUAAGAUCACAUACCAGCAGUGCGCGGGAUUCCUCAAAGUGAUGACGGGAACGGAACCUUUAGACGCAACCAUCAUACAUCCAGAGAGCUACAAUAUAGCUAAGCUAUUUGCUAAGAAAAUUAAUGUCAAUAUAAAAGAGCUAAGUCAAUCACAUUUUCCUGAAUCAGUUGAAAGAAAAACUAUCAAUAUAGAUCUUGUUGCAACUAGCAAAGAUCUGGAUACAGAUGUGUCUACUUUAGAACUGAUUAUAAAUGCAUUCAAACAAAAACCGUAUGAAGAUAAUGUUAUAAGUUUCUGUCGACCUGUUUAUUCUGUAACGAUACAGACGACGGACCAAAUCGCGAAUGGCACAACAUUAACAGGAGUGGUUCGUAAUGUUGUACCUUUCGGUUGCUUCGUGGACUGCGGCGUCGGUGACAACGGUUUAAUACAUAGAAGCAAUUUAGGCGGGAAUCAAACACCAAAAUUAGGAGACAGGGUAUCUGUCACAGUUAUCGGCACACCCAAGCCAAAAAAAUUACAACUCAAACUUGAAAAGAUAUUAAAUUGAUAUAAAUCUGUGAUAUUUGUUAGGUUAAGAUUGAAAAUGGAAUCACGCUUGUUGUAAUAUUUAUUGAAAAUAAAUGUGAAAUAACAUAAUUAA